GAAUUUUUUAAACUUAGAUCGCUAAUUCGCAAGUAUGCAAAAAAUAUAUUGGUAAAUAUUGGGAGAUGAAUGAGAAAUUAGGUGCAGGCGAGUGGAUAAUGAAGCAUUAUCUAAUGAGAAAAGUUGACGAAGAAAGCGAACAAAAGCAAGGAAUGUGAAAAGACGAAGGCACCCUUUCACACACAAGUGAAGGAAAAAACUAAGAAAUUCAUAAAUUCUAGAAACCUCUCAGACACAGCCUUCGAUCCGUCACUAUAUCAAUUGCCCAAACUUCAGAACAAGCUUGCGUUGACCUCCAAUUUUAUCUCUACGGUUACAGUAAAGACUAAGCUGUUCAACAUGAAUCCUCAAUCGCCGGUUCGGCCGGAACCGGAGGCUCCGCUUCCCACGUUUUCGCCGCGGUUCGCGCUGAGCUCCGGUUCGCAGCGGAGGAUCGCGAUCGCGGUGGAUCUGAGCGACGAGAGCGCGUACGCGGUGCGGUGGGCGGUGCAGAACUACCUGCGGCCGGGCGACGCGGUGAUCCUCCUCCACGUGCGUCCGACGAGCGUGCUGUACGGCGCCGACUGGGGCUCGGUGGAUCGGAGCGCCACGGAGGAGGGCGACGAGGAGUCGCGGCGGAAGCUGGAGGACGACUUCGACAGCUUCACGGCGGCGAAGGCGAGCGACGUGGCGCAGCCGCUGGUGGAGGCGCAGAUACCGUUCAAGAUCCACAUUGUGAAGGACCACGACAUGAAGGAGAGGCUCUGCCUGGAGGUGGAGCGCCUCGCCCUCAGCGCCGUCAUCAUGGGGAGCCGCGGCUUCGGCGCCUCCAAGCGAGCCUCCAAGGCCAGGCUGGGCAGCGUCAGCGACUACUGCGUCCACCACUGCGUUUGCCCCGUCGUGGUUGUGCGUUUUCCCGAGGACACCGAUAACGCCAACGCUAACGGUAACGGUGCUGCCGCUGCUUCUUCUGUGCAGGUUGGCGAACAGCUGGAGCUUCCCCCUGUGCCUGAGGAGGACCACGAUGCUUCUGAUGACCACAAAGAUGCUUAAUGAGAGUAUAGAGCAAUGUCUAUUUCCCUACUAACUUCAGAAACUGCUCACAGCAGCGAGGCAUGUGUCAAAUGAAGAAGAAUGUGUUAAAAUUGAAAAUUAUCUUCUUUGGAUAAACUAUACAUUGUAAAGUGGUUGUUUGGUUGGUUUUAGUUUUAGCGUAUGUAUGGUUUUGUACAAGUUUGUUUCUUCUCUGCUUCAAUACCCAUUGACAGAGUUGAAUAUGCUAUAUAUCUAGUUCGACGAUUGAUUUGGAGGCUCUUGAUCCACUUCAUGUUUGGGAACCAAUUAUAGAUUUAAGAAACAAGGAAGGUUUAUUUUGAUGUCUUAUUUUUGUCCUGUAAAUAACAGCUUAUAGAUUUCAUGUUUGGAGCUUGAUGUUUAGUGUUUACAAGA